UCCGAUAGCCGUUCGCACAUCCAUAGUCGAUCUUUCAGUUGUGCGCAGUGUGCGUGCUGCGAAGAAGCCACGCAUUUCUCAUCCGCACGCUUUUCAAUCAAUUCGUGAUAAUAGAGUAUAGUGUCGACAAAACGUGAUCGCGAUCUUGACCAACUGCCGUACAUUUUGGAUUGCGAAUCACGAAGCGUGCCACGAUCCAUACGAUUCUACAUGACGCACGUCACGCAUCUCGCAUCUCUUUCCGUUCUAUGCGAUUCAUGAAGAAUACGAUACCGACGAGCUCGACGUGCUCGAAACAGCCGCAGUGCCGUAUCUACUUGGUGGAUUUAAUACAAACGAGAUUCUAUAUCAUAAAUAAGCAGAGCCUCUGAUCGAAGAAGUUACAGGAUUGCCACGGGAAAACGUAUAAUUGGUUCAAAUGGAUCGAGUGAGAAGACGAACCUCGAUGGGUAAUUGUAUCAGAAAGCGUAGCGUUUGCGUGAGUGUGGUUGUACUCGGAACCUUCAUUGGUUGCACACUAUUAGCGUACACGGCGUUUGCAUUUCCGACUACUAAACAUGACACGUUACAGCAAGUGGCUUUUUUGUUUCGUCACGGCGACAGAACUCCUACAGAGACCUAUCCUAAAGAUCCCUACAUAAAUUACGCAUGGCCCGGUGGCUGGGGCGCCCUGACUAAGAAAGGAAUGCUUCAACUAUAUGACGUGGGUCAAUGGAUCCGCCGAGAAUACGGCGAUAUAAUCGGUAAUAAAUUCGAAAGCGCAACCACGCUGGUACGAAGCAGUUAUGCAGAUCGAUGCAUUAUGUCGGCACAAGCCUUACUCGCCAGAUUGUUCGUACCAACUAUGGAGGAUAUGUUUUUACCCGGAUUAGCGUGGACUCCUGUUCCUGUACAUUCGAUACCACGAGAUAUGGAUAAGUUAAUAACGGUGAAGGCACCAUGCCCGAGAUUAGCUGAAGCUCUAAAACAGGCAUAUUUAGAAGAGGCAAGAAGAUCAGGCAAAGAAAUGGCCGAAUAUUACAAAGAACUGACGGAGCAUACUGGUCAGAAUAUAAGCACGAUCACCGAUGUCGAGUUUCUUUACAAUACUCUCGAAAUCGAGGAGCAACACGGUUUAAAACUGCCGGAAUGGACGCGCAAAUUUUACAAUAACGGGAUGCGCGAAAUAGCCGCUCGCAGUUUAGCGAUUUUUACUAAUAGCACUAUUCAAAAACGUCUUUUAGGAGGCCCGCUGCUAAAGGAGAUUUUAUCGCAUAUGGAAGAGAUUAGAACUGAUUCCAAACCAAAACGAUCUUAUUUUUAUUCUGCUCACGAUAUAACUAUCGUUAAUGUAUUGAGAACAAUGGGAUUUACGAACGAACUUUUUAAACCCGAUUACGGAGCAACGCUCAUAUUCGAAUUACAUCUCACGAAUAAUGGUGCCGAUCAGGAAGUGAAGUGCAACGUGUCUGCCAUCGGGUUUGCGUCAUCAUUGACGAUUGUGACAACCGCUCCUUUACCACCACUACUUCAACCACCACCAUCACCACGUCCUCCGGAAGUUCGCGUUGUACGCGAUCUUCCGCAGUCGAUGUGUAUACGUCACGUCGGCGGCGGAUCAUCUCGUCGUCGUCGUCGUCGUCGUUGUCUUCUGUACUUUCCCAUUAGUCCGCAUCUAUCUUCUUGUCUAUCGCGCUCCAGCCAGCGCGCCCGUUCAACCUUGACUGGCGGAUCUGGACAAAGGUUGGUGCUCUCUCGACCCGCGACAAUUCUGUCUGUACGCACGUCUUCAAGUUUUUUGCAUUUUCGCAAUUCAUUCUUCGUUACAGGCGUUAAAUAAUUUGUUUCGAGUCUCAGAAAACCUAGAAAGAUCGCCAACAUGUUUAGCUGGCUAACUCGUGAAGAGAAUAACAAGCAAGAUCUCUUCGAAAAUGUCACUGAAGGUCUCAAGAGGAUAUACAAAUCCAAAUUAUUACCAUUGGAACAAUAUUACCAAUUCCAUGACUUUCAUUCACCACAACUGGAUGACCCAGAUUUUGAUGCAAAGCCAAUGAUUCUCUUAGUUGGGCAAUAUUCGACUGGCAAAACUACAUUUAUCAAAUAUUUAUUAGAGAGAGAAUUUCCUGGUAUUAGGAUUGGACCAGAGCCUACUACAGAUCGAUUUAUAGCAGUGAUGUACGAUGAGAAAGAGGGUGUUAUUCCUGGAAAUGCCUUAGUUGUAGAUCCAAAUAAACAAUUUAGACCACUUUCAAAAUUUGGCAAUGCAUUCUUGAAUAGAUUUCAAUGUUCAACUGUAGCCUCGCCUGUUUUAAAAGGCAUAUCCAUAGUGGACACACCUGGUAUAUUGUCUGGUGAAAAACAACGAGUUGACAGAGGAUAUGAUUUCACUGGUGUUUUAGAAUGGUUUGCUGAACGUGUAGAUAGAAUUAUAUUGUUAUUUGAUGCUCAUAAGCUCGAUAUAUCAGAUGAGUUUCGUAGAUCUAUUGAGGCGUUACGUGGGCAUGAUGAUAAGAUUAGAAUUGUUCUUAAUAAAGCUGACAUGAUAGACCAUCAACAACUUAUGAGGGUAUAUGGUGCAUUAAUGUGGUCUUUGGGAAAAGUUUUACAAACUCCAGAAGUAGCUAGAGUUUAUAUAGGCUCAUUUUGGGAUCAACCAUUAAGAUAUGAUGUUAAUAGAAGAUUAUUUGAAGAUGAAGAGCAAGAUUUGUUCAGAGACAUGCAAUCACUUCCAAAAAAUGCUGCAUUACGAAAACUCAAUGACUUAAUUAAACGAGCACGCUUGGCAAAGGUGCAUGCAUACAUAAUAAGCGCCUUACGAAAAGAUAUGCCAAGCAUGUUUGGUAAAGAUACUAGGAAAAAAGAAUUAAUAAAGAAUUUGGGACAAAUUUAUGAUCAAAUACAAAGAGAACAACAGAUUUCACCUGGUGAUUUUCCGGAUUUAAAGAAGAUGCAAGAAUGCUUAGCGCAUCAUGAUUUUAAGCAAUUUAAUCCCAUUAAGCCUAAAUUGUUAGAAGUGGUGGAUAAGAUGCUUGCUGAAGACAUUGCAAAACUUAUGGCUAUGAUACCACAUGAAGAAGUCACCACAGUUUCGGAACCACUUAUUAAAGGAGGUGCAUUUGAAGGUGUAGAAGAUCAAGUUAGUCCAUUUGGAUACAAAAGAGGAGAAGGGAUUGAUGCAGGAGCAGGUGAACCAGAAUGGAUUGUCAAUAAGGAAAGAUAUAAAUAUGAUAGCAUCUUCGAAUCACUUGGACCACAAGAAGGAAAGAUUACAGGAGCAGCGGCUAAAUCGGAAAUGGUUAAAUCUAAAUUGCCGAACAGCGUGCUUGGAAAGAUCUGGAAACUCUCAGACAUUAAUAAGGAUGGAUUCUUAGAUUCUGACGAAUUUGCUUUAGCUAUGCAUCUAAUCAAUGUAAAGCUCGAAGGCUACGAUCUUCCGGCUGAGCUGCCAGAACAUCUAAUACCACCAUCAAAACGCGAUAUAUAAUAUAAUAUUCUCGUAUUGUAAUUUAUUACAUUUCACAAAUGGCAUACGCGCUUGAAGCCACAAGGAACCACAAAUUAGGACAAUUUAUCAAUAGUGCGCUGAUUGAUGCCAUUGAUUCACAGGUUUGAGAACUAUAAAAUUAUACUUUUACGACCAGAUGUAUCAUAUUAUGUGUAUACUGUCUUAUUCUGAUAAUAUAUCAAGGCCGGGAAACAUAUAUAGCUUGCAAUUUUUAGAGAAAUACUAAAUAAGAUCAACUAUAUAGUGCAUAUAUAUAUAUAUACAGUAUCUUUUAAAUAAUAUUUUUCGGAAAUAUGUAUAUGGAGGUAAAAACUAUACACAUAGUAUGCAAUGCUUACUGGCAUAUUAGUAUAUAAAACAACUUAGAAUAUAUGCUUUUAUUUAAAAUGUUAAGUUGUUAAGAUUGAAAUAUUGGCCUUGAAAUUGUACUUGUACUUUAGAACUUUAUAAUUAUAUCCUAAAUUGGAAAACAUUCGAUCAAUGAAUAAGAGACUGCAUUUGGAUAUAUUAAA